AUGGGGGAGUGGACCAUUCUGGAGCGGCUGCUCGAGGCUGCUGUCCAGCAACAUUCUACCAUGAUUGGGAGGAUCCUGCUGACUGUAGUAGUGAUCUUCCGUAUUUUGAUAGUAGGUAUAGUGGGUGAAAAGGUCUAUGAGGACGAGCAGAUAAUGUUCAUCUGCAACACUAUGCAGCCGGGCUGCAACCAGGCCUGCUACGACAAGGCCUUCCCUAUAUCCCACAUCCGCUUCUGGGUCUUCCAGAUCAUCUUGGUUUGUACGCCCAGCCUAUGCUUCAUCACCUACUCCGUACACCAGUCCGCCAAGCAGCGUGACCGCAGUUACUCCAUCCUACACCCCUACAUAGACCACGGUCACGCAAGUCACCACGGUCGUGGAGGCGAUCACCACGCCCGCAAGCUGCGCAACAUCAAUGGCAUCCUGGUGCAGAACCCCGACAGCGGCAAGGAGGAGCAGGACCUGGAGGUCAAGGAGAUCCCCAACGUGUCCCGGGGGCUCACGCAGGCCAAGAGUGCCAAGGUGCGGCGGCAGGAGGGCAUCUCCCGCUUCUACGUCAUCCAGGUGGUGUUCCGUAACGUGCUGGAGAUCGGCUUCCUGGCCGGCCAGUACUUCCUGUAUGGCUUCAACGUACCAGGGAUGUUUGAGUGUGACCGCUACCCCUGUGUGAAGGAGGUGGAGUGCUACGUGUCACGCCCUACAGAGAAGACGGUGUUCCUGAUUUUCAUGUUUGCAGUGAGCGGCAUCUGUGUGCUGCUCAACCUGGCCGAGCUCAACCACCUGGGCUGGAGGAAGAUCAAGACGGCCGUCAGGGGUGUUCAGGCCCGCAGGAAGUCCAUCUGUGAGGUGCGUAAGAAGGACGUGCCGCAUCUGUCCCAGGCCCCCAACCUGGGCAGGACUCAGUCCAGUGAGUCAGCCUAUGUCUGA